AACAGUGUCAGGCCCACAGACAGAGUUUGCACCCUUGGCCAAAUAUUUAUAAGCUGCAUGCGCUCCUUUUGUCACCAUUUCCUCUCUCCGCAGACCAGACAUCUAUUUUCCUUUCUCUAGCUUAACAUACAUGGGUUGCACUUUUAGAGAAAAGCAUAUCCGUACAAAUCGGAGAGCGCGAUCAACGAAGCCUGAAUUCGAUCCUUGUUGCUAUGCGUCAUCAAUCUCCAAAUCCAUACUCGAAUCGGGUCUCAAACCCUUGGCUUAUCAUUUGGGUCUGCACGAUCCAAACCACACCAAUCUAAGCCCUAAUUCUAAUGGCAAUCUUGAUGAUAACGGGUGGGGUUACUGUACUGAAGAACAAUUAGAAGAAAUUUUGUUAAAAAACCUUGAAUUUUUAUAUAAGGAAGCCAUUUCUAAGCUUAUUGCUUUAGGUUAUGAUGAAGACACUGCUUUAAAAGCAAUAUUGCGCAAUGGGCAUUGUUAUGGUGGUAUGGAUGUUUUAACCAAUAUAUUGCAUAACUCUUUGGCUUAUUUGAAUAGCAAUUCUGGUGGUGGUGGUAGCAGUAGUAGUAAUGGAAAUUUAGAUGAAUCUGAACCUAUUUUUAAUGAUUUAAGGCAGUUGGAGGAGUAUUCUCUUGCUGGUUUGGUUUGUUUGUUGCAGCAAGUUAGGCCACAUCUGAGUAAAGGCGAUGCCAUGUGGUGUUUAUUAAUGAGUGAUCUCCAUGUGGGUAGAGCAAGUACUAUUGAAAUUCCCAUGGCUAAUUCAACUGGUAAUGGUAAUACUACAGUGCAGAGCAGUGUAGAGAGUGUUAGUAACAAUUGUGUUGAUAAUGGGGUUGGUGUAGUGGCACCAGCACUAUGUAGGUUUCAUGGAGGGUGGGGGUUCGGGAAUGGGGGAGGAUCUGAGUUUGCAGUUAAUCGGUUUUUCUCAUGUAGUGCUGAGAUGUCCUUGCAAAGGGAUAUUGAGUGUCCUAAGAGGUUUAACCUUUCACCUUCAAUGAAAUCUUUGUUGAAGAGGAACGUUGCCAUGUUUGCUGCUGGUUUUAGGGCUAAUUCAAAACAGAUGCAUACACAAUCUCAGGCUCAAUCUGCAUCCGAGUCUUGUUCAGUUGUUACAUCAGGUGGGGACGUAGCACCUGUUGCAACAGGGGCUGAGGUUUUGGUUGAGAAGAUUGAGGAGUCUCAAACUUCGAAGAAUGGGGAUGGGGUUAGUGCAGAGUGGAAAAAGUUCCAAGAUGGAAUUUGUUCAGAAUUUAGUAAGUUGAAUCUUGAUGAGAAUUUGGAGUUUGCCGGGGAAGACCAGAAGGAUGAGAUGAUAGUAACUCUGCUUCAUCAGAUUAAGGAUUUGGAGAGACAAGUAAAGGAACGGAAGGAGUGGGCACAUCAGAAGGCAAUGCAAGCUGCAAGAAAGCUUAGUAGUGACUUAACUGAGCUUAAAAUGUUAAGAAUGGAGAGGGAGGAAACACAACGAUUGAAGAAGGGGAAACAGACUCUUGAGAGUUCAACAAUCAAGAGGCUGGAAGGUAUGGAGGAUGCUUUGAAGAAGGCAGGUGGCCAAGUUGACAGGGCAAAUGCAGCCGUGAGACGGCUUGAGAAUGAGAAUGCAGAAAUCAGAGCGGAGAUGGAGGCUUCAAAGUUAAGUGCAUCAGAAUCAGUGACCACUUGUUUGGAGGUAGCAAAGAGAGAGAAGAAAUACCUGAAGAAGCUUUUGGCUUGGGAGAAGCAGAAAAUGAAGUUGCAAGAUGAGAUUGCGGAUGAGAAAGAGAAGAUCAAGGAGUUGCAAAGAUGUUUGGUUAUGGUGGAGCAAGCUCAGAAGGAUGCUGAGGCAAAGUGGAGACAGGAAGUGAAGGCAAAAGAGCAAGCUUUGGCCCAAGUAGACGAGGAACGACGCUCCAAAGAAGCAGCUGAGGCCAGUAGUAAAAGGAAGCUCGAGUCUUUGCGUCUUAAGAUAGAAAUAGACUUCCAACGGCACAAGGAUGAUCUCCAAAGGCUUGAGCAGGAGCUUUCGCGUCUAAAAUCAUCUGCAGAGCACACUGACUUGAACAAUCAAUUAAAUGCUUUACCCUUAGGAAAGCCUGAGAAGACAAAGCCCCAAGGAGAAACAAUUGCUAGGCUGCUUCAUGAAUUGGAUAGACUGGAGGAUUCGUCCGACAAAGGAGCCAACUGUGAUAGAGAAUGCAUGAUUUGUAGGAAAGAUGAGGUCUCUGUUGUUUUUCUUCCGUGUGCUCAUCAAGUUAUGUGUGCCAGUUGCAGUGACAAUUAUGGGAAGAAGAGUAAAGCUACAUGUCCAUGCUGUCGGGCAGCAAUUGAACACAGAAUUCGUGUUUUUGGUGCAAGCUCGUAGUGAUGGUUUGGCAUAAGAAUAAAAAUUUGUCUCCCAGAGAGUUAAUCGUUUUUCGCCUGGUAUGAUUGAUAUUAUGCAUUUUGCUGCCGUCAAUGGGGCUGCUUGCCAUCUUUUUAGUAUAUAAUUUCCUUUUGAAACACUGCUGCUACUUAACAGCACAAUGAGGUGGAUUGUAAAUAAGAACCAAGCUUCUCUUAGGCUCAUGCUUUUAAAUAUAUACUUGCCUUAAAGGUGCUGCUGCUAAGCACGAGGAGGGUGUACUUGAAUAGAAGCUGAGUUUCGUUAAAGAAUCUUAUUGUUGCCAUCAACUUGAAAUUUUGAGCAUUAUUAUAUACCGGAAUAUAUGUUGAGCUUU